UUUUGUGCGAUUGCGUAAUAGGUGUUUGAACAGGCCAGUUGAUAAUCCCGGCAGAGAAUGGGGUCUGUUUAUCGGGGCUCCCCGAGACUCGCUACCGCAAAACGAUAAGGAUACGCUCCGGUUCCCUCGGCGAUGAACGGCGACGUCGGGAGCCCCCCUUCGAACGAGAGGAGACGCGGGUGCGGGUCAUCCCCCCUGCGCACUCUCAGCCGCUUCGUCACCGGCUCCCUGGAGGAAUGCAUGUUCAGAUGGGGGUGCCUUGUGGGGAGGAGACCAGUGCUGGUGAUCUCAAUCUGCAUUACUGUUUGCAUGCUGAGCUCUCUGGGCCUCAUGCGAUUCCACAUGGAAGAACAGCCCGAGAAACUCUGGAUUCCACAGGAUUCUCAGUUCAUUGUACAUAGCAGGUGGAUUGAGCGCCACUUUCCAACCAAGUACCGACAUCAUCUAGUCAUCAUCACAAGUGAAAACGUCCUUCAUCCGUCUGUGAUACUCCAGAUGAUCCAAAUUCAUGAAGCUGUGACCAAUAUCACUGUUGGCAACUUGACAUGGAGUGAUAUCUGUGCCAAAUUGCCUCAAGUGAAGGGGUCAUGGAUGCCAUUGGCGACCUCAUUUGUGGACCCAUUCUCCCUCAUCUCCAACGGUUGGCUCUCAAUGGACACUUAUUGUGGAGUCCUUGAGGGUUUUCCCAAGGCAUGUUGGGCAAGAGGGAUCCCAGAGCUCUUUAACUAUAACUCUGAUGCUGUCCGGAAUCUGUCCCUCACUGAUGUGCUCAUAGCUUUGAAUGAUCUCAAGCACAGUCCAGUGUAUGGGUUGGAGACUGAGGUGGAGUCUUUUCUAGGAGGAAUUGAAAGGGAUUUUCGUGGUCGAGUCAUUGGUGCCAAAGCUGCAAUGCUUCACUUUGUUACUGAACCUCAGGAUUCAAAAUGGGGUUGGGUUGGUGGAGCUGCUAGUAGCAUGGGAGCUGGCAAUAAGGCUGACCCAGUGAGUGAAGACUGGGAGAAUCAACUUGUACAUCUCAUCACCAAGUCCAGAUUCCCACCUGGAAUUGAAGUCUCAGUCCAAGCUGCAAAGAGCUUUGGAGAUAUCACAGAGGGGACAAUUGAGGGAGAUAUUCCACUGCUCCUUGGAAGCUGUCUCCUUAUGUAUUGCUACAUCUUCUUUGUCCUGGGGCGGUUAAAUAUGGUGGAGCAGAGAGUGUACCUAUCAGGGGCAGGCCUGCUGUCGAUUGCAAUGAGUGUGCUGACCUCCAUCAGCCUCUGUUCCCUGGUUGGGCUUCCCUACAGCCCCAUACACAAUCUCCUGGCCCUGCUCAUCCAAGGUCUGGGUGUGGAUGACAUGUUUGUCAUUCUCCAGAGUUGGAACAACCUCCAGUUACAACAUUGGGGGAGCAACAACGAGAAGCAGAUGACACCUGGGAUGUCCGAGCGGAUUGGGGAGACCCUGAGGCAUGCAGGAGUCUCUAUCACUGUCACGUCCCUCACAGAUUUUGCUGCCUUCCUCAUUGGGGCAUCCACAAUUCUCCCAUGCCUGAGUUGGUUCUGCAUUUAUGCAGCAGUUGGGAUCCUCAUCACUUAUGCAUUUCAAGUGAGCUUCUUUGUGGCGUGCUUCUCCCUCGAUAAUCGACGUAUUGAGGCCAGAAGGAAUGGGAUCAUGCCAUGUGUCAUGCACUCUCAACGUCAGCCUGACAAUUGCUUUCAAAAAGAUCAUGGCCAAAUCUUUUUUGGGCGAGUUUUGGCUCCUUUCAUUCUCAGGAAGCCCAUUAAGAUUUUGGUGUUGGCAUUUACAGCAGGAAUGCUGGGGAUGAACCUGUUUGGUAUUACCAAACUUAGGCAGGAAUUUGAGCUCUCCUGGUUCAUCCCCCAGGGCACAUACAUCUCUCGCUUCCUACGUGCAUACGAGACGCAUUACUCGGAGCGUGGAAAGCAUGCUCAUGUCUUUUUGGGUGCUCUCAACUAUUCUCAAGACCUUCCUGUCAUCACCAAAAUAGAGAAGGAGCUUGCAGCAAACCAUCAUGUCCUUCACAUGGAGGCUUGGUUCUCUGAAUUUCGAAAUUGGUCUGCACAUUAUUACAAACAAGGCUUGGAAGAAGAUGAUAUUUCAGAAGAGAAAUUCUCCAACUUACUCAGCAACUUCCUCCAUAGCCCACAGGGUGCACGUCAUCGGGGUCAUUUUCACUUUGAUGGAAAUCUCACAUGUGGGGUGCCUGCUCCUAAAGUUCUUGCCUCAAGUAUUGAUGUUUCCCUGAGGAAUCCAGGCUCAUCGAAGCAGAAGGUGCAGAUGAUGCACGAGACGAGGAAGGUGGUGGAGAGGAGCUCCUUGUCUGGGGAUGCAUUCAUGUGGAGCUGGUACUUCUCCGGCUGGGAGACGGACGAGUUCAUCGGUGAGGAGCUGAUGCGAAACUUGGUGCUUGCGUCUCUCGCCAUACUUGUCGUGACGCUAUGCCUCAUUGCUCACAUCUUCACCUGCACUCUAGUUCUCUUUAGUGUCCUCUGCACUCUAGUGGAUGUGGCUGGAUGCAUGUUCUUUUGGGGCUUGACCAUUGAAGUGGUCACCAGCCUCAACCUCAUUCUUGGGAUUGGGUUGUGUGUUGACUACUCUGCUCACAUUGGUAAGGCCUUCUCUUGUGUCGUGUCUUCUGGUCUUAUGAGCACGCUCUGCCACACUUUCAUGACGUGCCGUGGGACCCGAGACGAGAGGGCCGCGGAGACUCUGGAGAAAAUCGGAAACGCAGUGUUCCACGGUGGCUUCAGCACGCUCCUCUCCUUCGUUCUCCUGUCGACCUCGUCGUCCUACGUCUUCUCCGUUUUCUUCAAGGAGUUUUUUCUCACAACCGUGUUUGGGCUGUAUCACGGUCUGGUGUUUCUCCCCGUCGUGUUGAGCAUCGUGGGGCCGGAAGCGUACACGGGGAAGCCGCCGGCGUGGAGUAAAAGGGACCGAAAGGAUCGACCGUCUUCUCCGGAGAGAGUGCUGGUCGAGUACGUCUCGGUCGUCUGACCUUGCACCUUGGUGGUUGCAGGUAUUACGGGCGAAAUCGUCCAAGACCUAGAGUCCAAGACGCUAGGGGCCAGUUCUUAAAAGGAGUCACGAGUCUUUCGCGACUCAUUUGCCGACGCGGCAGUGGACGCUGACAUCUCGGAAUGAUCGAUGAAGAAUGACUUAUGGUCACGUCCGGUUGGUUAGGAAGGCCCAUGACAUUAUGACAUUCCAACAGUGUUAUCGACUGCUAUAUAUAACUAUGUCCAAUGGCAGUUACAGCAUUUCUAUGUAAAACCAUUGCUCAAUGGGCCUGUCGAUGCCUUAGGGACAAACGUUUUCGUUUUAUAUAUGUAGCGCGAGCUGGUAUUCGGUUGAUCUCAGGAGUCGAAGCAACAUGAGCGUCAUGGGGAUGUGCUUGCGAGACUCAAAUGGAUUUUACGAAGCCAACCGUACGCCUUGACGCAUUAAAUUCCUUUAUUUUUUGUUGAAGAACCUGCCCU